UUUGACAUACAAACCGACCAUUUACCAGCCGCUGACUGCCCGUCCCCUCUUCAGCGCAGACAGUCUUUUGCACACCCUUUUGUUUUUCACUCCAGUCCUUAUAUACAACCUCCCGACGCUUAGUCAUCGUACUGAACCACAAUACUUGGCAGACGCAGACGCACUGUCAUCAUACUUCCGGGAACCAGCUCUCAGUAUCUCUACUCAACAGAGAACGGAUCUGAGCAAGACUGAGUUCGGACAGACUUUGCGUCUUACUGUUCUUGAAUCUCCCCUUCUCUUGCUCUCUUCUUGCUGAGAACCGGGCAUUUCGGGGGUCGGAACUCUGCUUCCUGGUUUCCCGUCCAGUUUGGUGUGUCUUUUCCCACAGCCGCCGGCCGCGAACGGCUCCUCCGAGAGAGAGGAGGAACAGAGACACAGACACACAACAUGAUGUGUGUUCUCCCAAUAACCCUCCUGACCGUGUUGGUGGUCUUGUUGGUGAUACAGAGAUUGCUGGAGAGGAAGAGGUUACCAGCUGGCAGCCGGCCGUUGCCUGGCCCUACUAAUCUCCCCUUAAUAGGUCGUGUCCACGAUGUACCAGAAAAGGGGUCAUGGUUGAAGUUCUACGAGUGGAGCAAGGUCUAUGGUCCGGUCUACCAGACCAAGAUGUUCGGCGUCACCCACGUCUGGAUCUCCUCAGAGAAAAUUGCUCACGACCUCCUGUCCCGACGAGCAAACAUCUACUCUGACCGGCCACAGAUUCCCAACUUGCCUGAUAACCGGACAAGCGGUGAUUACCUGGCUCUUCUUGGGCGGAAUGACACCUGGAAACGCCAACGCAAACUCUGCAACCACCUAAUGCACACCUCGGCCCUCGCCUCCCUUCACGACUACCCCACCCUCGAGCGCAACCGCUUCCUGUACUUGCUGUCCCAAUCCCCCGAGGACUACAUCGAGUACAUCGAGCAAUUCACCUCGCGCACCAUCUCCCGUUUAUCAUGGGGCAGUGCCCACCCGGCCCAAAUCCUGCGGCACACCACUUUUGGUCUGCUCGAAACCAUCUCCCCCUCGGGCGCCCUGCCCAACGUCAUCUCCUUUUUGCGGCAUCUCCCCCUCGCCCUCUCUCCCUGGCAGAAAAAGGAGAAGGCCCGCCAUGACUUGGAAGACAAACAGUUCCGCUCCAACAUUGGUUUUGUCAGAAGGAUGAUGGACGUCGGCCGCGCCGAGCCUUCUUUCAUCCGCACUUUUCUCGAGGAGCAGCAAGGAGGCGGCGUCAGUUCUUCUAAGAAAUCCAGCGCAAGUGACACUGACGAGGAAAAAGCCAAGGAGGCGGAUGUGGAUGAGGCGAUGCAUGUGGUUGGCUUGAUGGCUAUUGCUGGUGCUCUGACGAUUGGAAGCCCGAUUCAGAGUUAUAUAUUGGCCAUGUGCCAUUAUCCGGAGUGGCAGGCCAGGUUGCAGGAGGAGAUUGAUACCAAGUUGGCGGGGAGGUGUCCGAUGUGGGAGGAUCGGGAGAAAUUGCCGUUGUUGAGGGCGGUGGUUAAGGAGGUUAUUAGGUGGAGGCCGCCGGUGCCUACUGGGAUUCCGCAUGCCAUUGAGAAAGAUGAUGUCUAUGAUGGGUAUUUCAUCCCCGCCGGAGCUACCAUCCACGCUCUUGAGUGGGCCAUAACCCGCGACGAAAGCACCUACCCCUCCGCAGAAACCUUCAACCCCUCCCGCUUCCUCCUCCCCUCCUACCCAUCCACCUACCGCGAACCCCUCACCCUCUACCCCAACCUCUCCGGCUUCUCCCAAUUCGGCUUCGGCCGACGCACCUGCCAAGGCGUGCCCAUCGUCGAGCAGGAUCUCUUCUUAACCAUGGGCGGUAUGGCGUGGGCCUUCACCAUCACCAAAAAGACCGACCCGCUGACUGGAAGCGAAUUACCGGUGCACUGGAACGAUUACACGCCCCUUUUGAUUGCUAAACCCUGUCGCUUUCCCUUUGAUGCGCAUCCGAGGGACGAGGGGAAACUGAAGAAGAUGAGGGAGAUGUAUGAUGAGGCGGUAGAGGGCGAGGAGAUGGAGCGGAGCGAGAGUAGGGAGGAGAGGGAAAGGACGGAGGGGUGGAUGGUGGAGGGGAAAGUGAGGCAGAAGGAGGAGGAGAUUCCUUGGCAGUCGGCUGUGGAGGGGGUUGGGGCUGGUGGUCCUGGGGUUUUUGGACGGUCUGGAGUGACUGGAGUGGCUGGAGUUUCUGUCGCUCCGGUCGUUAAUGUCGACGUUAGAGGUACUGUUGUCUCCGUUGGCAAUGGCGAGGGGGGCGGUGGGGGGCAAGCUGGAACUCAAGGUCAAGAUCAAGGUCAAGGUCCUCAACCCCAAGGCCCUCGACAGGAAGAAAAAAGCGUGGUGGGUAACGGAGAGGCAGGCGAGGAUGAGAAUCAUGAGACCAAGAGUACAUCUACCUCCAGUCGUACCUCUAGUCGUUUGGGCUCAAGGGGUCAUGAGAGUGGAAGUGGAAGUGUCACCGGAACACCAAGUGCAAGUUGGGGAUCCGAACCUUCCCUAAGUUUCAGGGGAAGCAGUGCCGAGAGCUCAGAUUGUGAGGAGCGGCUGGAGGCUUUAGGCAUUCACAGGCAAACAGAGGAGGAAGUUGAAGAAGGGGUAAAAAGGAGGAGAGUGCGCAUCAAGGCGGUGUCGAAUGCGAGUUCGACGAUUGAGGCUUUGAUGGUGCCGACGACACCAUCUGAAAAGGGAGUGGUGCAAUUGGGUGUGGGUGUGGGAGUUGGUGUGGACGGUGUGGUGGAUGAGAUUGUACCGGGGGCUUGGAGGUGGUGAAGAAAAAUUUGGAUAUAGCUCGUUUUUUUCCUUUUU